AUGUUCCGAACAAUUCAAAGUUUAUUAAAUGAUGAUUGCAGUGAAAAACAUUUAAAAGAAAAUUCCAAAUCAAUUUCUAAUCAAAAUAUUUUUAUUAAAAAUAAUUCUCUACUUCCAUCAACCCCGCCAUUAAUGAUAACAAAUAAUUUAACUCAACAAAAUAAUUUUUCUUCGGAAAAAACUUUUGAUUACGAACAACAAUUUAAACUUUCUUCUUCAAUCUCAUCAACAAAUCCAUUACAACAAUUGCCAAUUUGUUCAUCUUGGGAACAAUUAAUUGCUUUUACUUUAUGGAAUUGGCAAAACAUAACGAAAGGAAUCCGACGACCGCGCACAACAUUUACGUCACAACAACUUGCAGAAUUGGAAAAAUCAUUUUCACAACAUAAAUAUCUUUCAAGACCCAGACGUUACCAGUUGGCAAAAGAAUUGGGUUUAAAUGAAACGCAAGUGAAAAUUUGGUUUCAAAAUAGGCGCAUGAAAGUAAAAAGAAAUGUUAACAUAAAUGUUGGAGAAAUAGAAAUAAAUAAUUUUGGAGUGCAAGAAAAAAUAAUGAAUGUUUUAGAAAACGUGGAUUCUCUUUGA